GUACAUUCAAAUAUUUUCAAAAGUGGCGGGAGGAGGCAUUGGUUUGUAAAAUUUGAUACUGAUCGUACAAAUUUAUGAAAUAAUAAACAAAUAAAAGAUGCCUCACAAAAAAAGAACCAGAAAUGGAAGACCUAAAGGCCAGCUGAAAACAAAAGAGCGAGAUGAUUUGAGCGAUGUGUCAAUGUGCAGUAUGACAUCAGAAGCACCGAUGUCCAAGGAUGAAAUAAUGACUCGUUUGUUGGAAGAAUUUCAGUUUGCCGUGCAAAGCAGAAUUGCUCAAAUUAGAGCAACAAUGAAAAAGGCAAUAACAGAUCAAAGGAACCUUCUCAAAAUGGAGCUUCUUAAAAUCCCAAAGGACAUCAGGAAGAUGAAAGUCUCUGAAUUCUUAAGUGCAGGGGGUGACAUGGACGAACUUGUAUUAAAUGCGGCAGAUCCUGUUGAUGAAAAUGACCCCCCUGAUAGCCAUGACAAUAUCAUUGCAGCUGUUCAGCAAACUGCUACUACUGCAAAGAAAACAGCUAGAAAACCACGAGUCGCAAAAACUCCCAUGGCAGCACCAGCAGUCCCACAGACAGGUGGCAGAUCAACAAGGGGAGCCAAAGCGCGUGCGUUAGCUGUAAUGAAAACACAACACAACGACAUGGUGACGCCAGCGAGAGGGAUACCAAACAUUGCAUUUAUUACACCGAAAGUUCCACCAAGCAGCGCUUGCAUGACUACGGGAAGAAAGCCGAAAAAAGGAGGAGAACUAUUAUAUUCUCUGGCUGGAUCUCCGGUUCAAGGCCUUCCCACAAAGAAUGACUUGGUUAACUUCACGGUAAAAGAUGGACUGAAAUUUGAUGUAUCUGGUGCGAUAUUAGAUAUGAGUCCAAAGACACUGGCGACGCAUGCAGACCAACUUAGCAAAAUCAAGACUUUCGUUGAAUCAAAGCUGCAGCAGAUAGAAAAAACAGCUGUAACAUCGACUGCGAAGAAGACAUCAGGAAAAAGUAAAUAGACUUCAAUCGGACAAUUUUUCAUCUGAGGUUCAUCAGCAAUCUCUAUUUAUGGUACCACUUAUGGUGCUUCUCAAGAUUUUGUAAUUAGUAUAACUCUACAUAGAAUAGAGUCUGCAUUUAGCAAGGAUUGUGACGUAAAUUUUAGUUUUAUUAGGAUCUUAAUAUUGUUUAGUGUUUUGUGAUCUUUUUAAGGCAGUGUCUCAAGCCUCUCCUUUUACCAAACUUCAUUGUAAUCAACCAGUUACCCCGUAAAAUGACUUUGUCAAGGAAGCGGCCAAUAUUCUGUAGAUAUCACCCGUGCCUGCGACGAUAAGCACAACAUUUUACAUUCUUUUUAUUUAGGCACGGUAGCCCCGUCAGUCCAUGAGAACUGCUUUUCAGGGGGCCGUGGCGAAGGUCUCCAUUACUGCUCACAGUAUAUAUAUGAAUCAAGGUAGAAUAAUUCAGUUGUAAAGUUCAAAAUUGGAAAUUUGAAUAUUAAAAUGAUUAUUUUUUC